AUGAGGAUCAACUGUAAACCAAUACUUGUUACGCUCAUUUCAGAAUUUCCAUUAUUGCCUUCUAAAUACCGUCAUUGGGGCCACCUCGUACUGAUGGAAGAGGAUGUGCAACCAUCGGACACAAAGUUUGGUGGCAAGAAUGUGGAAGUUCAAUCCGAGUUCUACAUGGAUGAUCCAAACUUUCAUGAGCAACAACAAGCUUACAUUGUCGCGAUUCAAAGAUGUUUUCAUGUACGCCAUAUCGAAGAUGGUGCACCAAGUCAGAAAUUACAUGCAGGACAAAUAAAAGAUGUGGACAUUCUGGGAGGUUUAAUCUUGCAACCGCAAGACAAGGAUUUGAUGACUUUCUCAAGGAUCGGAAUAUUCGAUGUCCGUGGUACAGCCACUGUGUCGAUUUUCAACGCUCACCUCAAGGCGCAAGAACGAGUUAUAACGCUUGUAUAG